AAUUAAAUGUCCUUCCUUCUCAGCGGGAAGUUGUAAAAGUUGGACUUUGAGUUUGUGAUGCAAGAGCGUACUGUCACUGCAAGCUAAGGAGGUGGCCGGUAGGUAUUCAGGCACAUUAGGUAACAAGGCGUUUCAGAAGACCGAGGCUUCGUGUGAAGUGGUGGGAGGGGGCAGAAUCUUAGACAGAAACCUUUUUCAGCGCUAACCUAGAAAAAGAAACACUGGCCAACGGUGAGAAAAUGGUGUGGAAGCCACACGGACAACAUCUGCGCUCCUUACCGGAAAAAACGAGGAGAAAUGUCCACUGAAUUAACGCUGCUCGUUUUUCGUGACCUCUGAGCACCACAUUCUUCCAGUAAGGGGUGCGAACGGGCGCACGUCACUGUGCCUUUAAGACACGCUUAUCAGGAAGCGGGCUAGCCUACCGGGACGCUCUCUGACGUUUCUCCCGUAUUCUGCGUGGACUCAAUUUGGGAGCUGGCUGGACUACAGGCAGGGAUCCGAUGGAUUACAUUGAGACCUCCGGAGAGGGUUUGUAGCUUCGCGCGGUGCGACCCGUUUGACACGUCGCCAUGGCGUCGGCGCUGAAGCUGAACACCUGGCCCUGGCGGAGGAAGUGGCCGUUCGCCAGGGAGAGCCGGCGGAGGAAGAGGAGGCUCGUGGUCUCCUCGCUGACCGAGGACGAGGAGCUGGGGGAGGCGCUGCGCUCGUACGCCGGCAACGAGAUCACCACCACCAAGUACACCCCGCUGUCCUUCGUGCCCCGGAACCUGUUCGAGCAGCUCCACCGCUUCGCCAACGUCUACUUCGUCUUCCUGGCCGCGCUGAACUUUGCGCCGGUGGUGAACGCCUUCCAGCCGCAGCUCGGGGUCAUCCCCGUCGUGCUUGUUCUCGCCAUCACCGCCGUGAAGGACCUCUACGAGGACCUCAGGAGGCUGAAGUCGGACAGAGCCGUCAAUAACCGGUUAUGUGAUGUCUACAGCAGGAAGCAGCAGCGUUACGUGGACCAGCGCUGGAGGGACGUGCGCGUGGGGGACUUCGUCCGCCUCUCCUGCAACGAGAUCAUCCCCGCCGACAUGGUGCUGCUCUACACCUCCGAGCCGGAGGGCGUCUGCCACAUCGAGACCUCCAACCUGGACGGCGAGACCAACCUGAAGCAGAGGCAGGUGGUCCGCGGCCUGGCGGAGCAGGGUUUUGAAGGGACCCCAGAAAAGUUCACCAGUAAAAUUGAAUGUGAAGGCCCAAACAAUGACCUGAACCGAUUCCGUGGUUUCAUGGAGCAUUCCAAUAAAGGGCGAGUGGGUUUGCACAGUGAGAAUCUGCUACUGCGGAGCUGCACCAUCCGUAACACAGAGACAGUGGUGGGGAUUGUGGUUUAUGCAGGCCACGAGACCAAGGCCAUGAAGAACAACGGCGGCCUGCGGUACAAGCGCAGCAAGCUGGAGCGGCGGCUGAACGCGGACGUGCUCUGGAGCGUCGGCCUGCUCUUCGCCAUGUGCCUGACCGCCGCCGUAGGACACAGCCUAUGGCUAAUUGGCCUGAAGGACCAGGACCCCCCCUUUAUGAUUCCCGAUGACACCUCCCCCGUGCUUGCUGGCUUCUACAUGUUCUGGACCAUGAUCAUUGUCCUGCAGGUGCUGAUUCCGAUCUCGCUCUACGUGUCCAUCGAGAUCGUGAAGCUGGGCCAGGUGUUCUUCAUCCAGAACGACGUUGAGCUGUACAGCGAGACGCUGGACUCCACCGUGCAGUGCCGGGCUCUCAACAUCACCGAGGACCUGGGCCAGAUCCAGCACCUGUUCUCUGACAAGACCGGCACGCUCACCGAAAACAAGAUGGUGUUCCGCCGGUGCUCCGUCGCCGGCGUGGAGUACCCCCAUGAGGACAACGCGCGGAGGCUGGAGCUCUACGGGGAGCAGGACUGGGCUGACGGACUUUUAACGAUGGGUUCACGAAAGUCGCGGUCCAGCAUGCGGUCUCUGAGCUGCCACAGCACCGUCUCCCAGGACUCCAUCACCCCCUGCAAUCCUGAGACGGGCCACCAGGGGGAGCACCAGGACACGCCCAGCCCCCGCCACACAGCGUUCAGCAGCCGGAUGGAAAAGGAGGUUCUCCCGGACCCCCUGCUCUUGCAGAAGCUGAACUCCCUCUCCUCGCCGGACCUCCCCCUGCUGGACGGAGGGGAUAGUGCAUCGCUGGAGAUCACCUACAUUGUGGACUUCUUCCUGGCGUUGGCAGUCUGCAACACCGUGGUAGUGUCUGUACCACACCAACCACGACACGCGCUGCAGGUGCCGGAUAUCUCGCGCAGCCCGCUCAAGUCCCUGGAGGACGUGAAGCUGUUCUUCCAGCGGUUCGCAGUCCCGCGCUUCGCCUCCUUCUCCCCGCAAGUCCUCCCGACGUCGCCGGGCUCCGACAGCCCCGGCCGGUUCGCCCAGAGGCUCUUCAGCCGGACUCCCAAUGGUCCGCUCACCACCACCGCCGCUCCCGGCGCCGCGGAGGAGGAGUCGGAGCUUGGGAUGGGCGGGGCCAAGCUGCCCAGGGACGGGGCUGAGUGGACAGACGGCGGGGCCAAGCCACCAGUGGGCGGGGCAGAGUGGACAGGGGGCGGGGCCAAGCUGCCCGGGGGCGGGGCCGAGCGCGCGGACGAGGGGCCGGCGUACGAGGCGGAGAGCCCGGACGAGGCGGCGCUGGUCCACGCCGCGCGGGCGUACGGCUGCGUCCUCCGGGCGCGCGCGGCGGGCCAGCUGGUCGCCGAGCUCCCGGGCGUCGGCCGCCUCCCCGUCCCCCUCCUCCACGUCCUGCCCUUCGACUCCACCAGGAAGAGGAUGUCCGUGGUGGUCCGCCACCCGCUCACCGGCCGGGUGGUGGUCUACACCAAAGGAGCCGAUUCGGGCAUCAUGGACCUGCUCACUCCUCCUCAAGGUGAUCCCCAGGACAUCAGAGAGGAGACGCAGAGGCACUUGGACGCGUACGCCAGGGAGGGGCUGCGCACCCUGUGCGUCGCUAAAAAGGUUAUGGAGGAGGAGGAGUACGAAACUUGGCUGAAGCGUCACGUUUUCGCGGAGACCAGCAUAGAAAAUAGGGAGGAGCUUCUGAUGGAGUCCGCCCAGAGACUGGAGACUGGCCUGACGCUAUUGGGGGCGACGGGCAUCGUAGACCGGCUGCAGGAGGACGUCCCGGAGACCAUAGACGCCCUUCGGCGGGCGGGGAUUCGGGUCUGGAUCCUGACGGGGGACAAGCAGGAGACGGCGGUGAACAUCGCCUGCGCCUGCCGCCUGCUGCGCCCGUCCGACCGCCUGCUCACCGCCAACUGCAGCAGCAAGGAGGCGUGUGAGGUUCUGCUGGCGUCCCUGAGGGCGGAGAUCGAGGCCGGAGGCGCGGGGACGGAGCCGGGGCAGGGGGAGGACGCGGGCUUCACGCUGGUGAUGGACGGGCGGACGCUGGACUGGGCGCUGCAGGACGAGCUGCAGGACCCGUUUCUGGAGCUGACCCGCCAGUGCCGGGCCGUGAUCUGCUGCCGCUCCACCCCCCUGCAGAAGAGCCAGGUGGUCCGGCUGGUGCGGGACAGGCUCGGGGUCACCACCUUGGCCAUAGGUGAUGGUGCCAAUGAUGUCAGCAUGAUCCAGGUGGCGGAUGUGGGUGUCGGCAUCUCCGGGCAGGAGGGCAUGCAGGCGGUGAUGUCCAGCGACUUCGCCGUGUCCCGGUUCAAGCACCUCCGCAAGCUGCUUCUGGUCCACGGGCACUGGUGCUACACGCGUCUGGCCAACAUGGUCCUCUACUUCUUCUACAAGAACGUGACCUACGUGAACCUGCUGUUCUGGUACCAGUUCUACUGCGGCUUCUCCGGCGCCACCAUGACCAACUACUGGGUCCUCAUCUUCUUCAACCUGCUCUUCACCUCUGCUCCGCCCCUCGUCUACGGCGUCCUGGACAAGGACGUGUCGGCCGACACCCUCCUGCAGCUGCCGGAGCUUUACCGGGCCGGCCAGAACUCCCAGGCUUACCUCCCCUCCACGUUCUGGCUCACCAUGCUGGACGCCUUCUAUCAGAGUCUGAUCUGUUUCUUCAUCCCGUACCUGGCGUAUGCUGACUCUGAUAUUGGCGUGUUCUCCUUCGGAACGCCCAUCAACACCUCCGCCCUGUUCAUCAUUCUGCUGCACCAGGUCAUCGAGAGCCACACCCUGACGUGGCUGCACGGCGUGGUCCUGGUGGGCAGUGCCCUGUUCUACUUCACCUUCACUCUGGUGUUCAGCGUUACCUGUGUCACCUGUAACUCCCCCGCUAACCCGCUGGGCAUCGACGUGCGCCACAUGUCCGACCCGCUCUUCUACUGUGUGUGUGCCCUCACCACCCUGCUGGCACUGCUGCCCAGAAUGCUGUACCGCUCUGUUCGGAAUACCCUCUUCCCGUCCGACAUCGUCAAGGCGUCCCGCCUGGAAAGGCUGAGCCCCGCGGAGCGCUGUGCCAGGAUCCAGAGCUGGAGGGAGGGGCCAGCAAGCCCCGCCCCCCUCCUCACCACCACCGUGCCCGAUCCCACCCUGACCGCCUCCCCUUUCACAGAGUGCCAAGCGGACACUGACUCUGUCCUGUCCUGACGGGGGAGCGCAAGGACCAAUCAACUAGCACCUGAGUGUGCAUGGACCAAUCAACAUGUGCCUGAGAGUGCAUGGACUAAUCAACAUGCGCCUGAGCGUGCAUGGACCAAUCAACAAGCGCCUGAGCAUACAUGAACAAAUCAACAAGGACCUGCGCAUGGCUGGACCAUUUAGCAAGGACCUGAGCAUGGCUGGACCAAUCAACGAGGACCUGAGUGAGAUUGCUUCAGUGAACAAAGACCUGAGCCUUGCGUGGGCCAGUGAAAAAAGACCACAGCCUACCUGAUCCAAAAACUUGCUUGUGCAAUUAACAAGGAUCUGAAUGUACAUCGACCAAUGAAGGAGGGCCUGUGUGUGCCUAGAUCAAUGAGCAAAGACCUGGUGCGCACCUAGACCAAUGAACAAGGAGCUGUGCAUGUCUAGACCAAUGAGGUGUGUGCAUGUGAUAGCCUCAGCGUUUGAAAGUGGUGCACGUGACACGCUGGAGAAGGCCACCCGAGGGGGGGGGGACUACCUGCUGUGCGGGGGUUUCCUCCUGACCCAGGGCCUGCCAUGUUUACUCAUGCCCCCUUCCCCCUCACUUCACCCUCAAACUUCAUCCAUGUGCUGUCACUGAGAGAGAUUUAUUUUUCCCUCAAGUUUUCAAUCCAUGCUUACAAAACUAUUUUUUUGGUCAACAUUAUCACAAUGGCAUUAUAAAAUUAUGUAGUGGUCUGUCUUAGCAGCAAAUAGCGGUGUUUCAGCUUCCAGACUGAACAUUUCACAUAAUGAAGUUCAUCAGAGGUACUGCUUCCUCCGUCACAGCAAAGACAUCACACCCACAUCAUCAUGAAUUCAAAUGUAUGUGCUCAUCUUUGUUUGUCUUCAUUCAGAUCAUGUAGAUUAUAUGAGUCACGCUCCGUGGAAACGCACUCCACGCUUCCAAAUUCCAGACGAUGUUUCAGCGUAACCCUCUGAAGUGUGAAAGCACAAGUGUGUGAUUAGAAUGUUCUCCAAGGGAUUGUAUUUAAAAAGUUUUUUUAUUAAUAUUCAUCGCAGCUGCAUCUUCAUUUCUGAUCAUAUAAUACAUUUUUGUUUGCACAUUUUGACAUUUUGACUUUAGUGCACUCAGAACAUUAAAUUGGUCUCUAUCUGCUGCUUAGUGAUGGCUGGAUGAUGCUGUACUGUGUACUGUAACUCUGCAUCACAAUCUUAAAGAAAGGAAAAGAUCUUUUAGUUUACAUUAGAAUGGUAAAGUGAGGCAGUGCAGUUUACUGAAUGUGUUUACACUGGUUUACCUAAUUUAACGACCGUAGCCUUGAUGUGUAAAAUAAUUUUGAUAUCUUCCUGCAGAAUGAAAUUUUUUUAUGACCUUGGUGAAAUUCAUGACCUAGCUUUCUAAUGCAAUUGCCUUAAAUACCAUGUUAAUAGGGCACAGACACAUCACACUCUUGGCUGGUCCAUAUGUUAGAAAACUUAUCUACAGUAUUUUCUUACUUGUUAGAGUAAAUGUUCUGAAAAUAUUACAUGGAAACACAUGAUUUUUUUUUUCAAAUCUAUUUGCACUCCAUAGGAACUUGAAGCACUUGGAGUUGUGCGUUGUGUAACAUAGGUGCAAUUGGUGGAGUGUGUCGAGCCGUGAUUUUAAAAUGGUGCCAGACGGACUUCGCACCCGUCCCCCUUAGUCUCCUUCAAAGUGGAAGUCAUUGUGAAGUGUAUCAUUCAAAGUAUUUGUGUCUGACAAUAAAAUAUGCAACAAUACAUUUCCAGA